CUUGACAACUUUUAAUGGUUUUACAAAAUAAUUAAUCCCUUAUGAAAAUACAUUUUGACACAUAGCAAACAGAGAUAGGCGUUGAUUGGCAGACCUUGGUUAAUCAAAGGAGCUAAACUGUCAGCUGUUACUUAUCAACAUAAAGCGAGAAGCUGUCGUUGUGUCGUUUUGUUGUAGCAAACCAAGGAGAGCACGUUCACGUUUCAAGGUCAAGAGCGAAACUCAUUGAGCAGUGUGCUACAAAUUACUCACUGCUAAACAGUGUUGCGUUAGUUUGCGCUAAUUUGAAACAACUGGCAACACUCGGAAUUUCGUGUGACAUAAUAUCUGAAGAUAUCAAGCAAAGUGACGGAAUUUCAGCAAGACUUCAGAGUGAGAAACAAAGUCUUUAUCUGUGGGUUUUGUUAACUCUGUUGGACGUUAUCACAUGCUGUAGUCCCAUUGAGUAUCAUAAAGAUCAAGCCGAAGUACAAAGUCGUUUGUCUGUCAGAUCCAUAAAUAGACCAGGAUAAAGGCUGCGGCACAUUGACAACUCUUUAACCUUCAAAAUAACGAAAUUUUCGAGUAAACAACUCGGGAUAGCGAAGAGUUCAGAUGGCUUUCUUCUUUAUAGAUCACUGUGUCAACUCGACGAUACCAGACUCCGCUGCGUUCACUGCCACAGGCAUCCUGAUACUACUCGCUCUCAUUACAAUUCCUGGCAAUCUACUUGUCGUUCUUGCUGUCCUUUUGGAUCCAAACAAAGACCUUCGCUCACCGUUCAAUUACUUUAUCGCUAAUUUGGCCUUUGCUGAUCUCGUCGUUGGCUUGGUAACAGAGCCUGUCGCUAUUAUACAUCAUUUUCAGAUAGGACUUGGAGUGCUGGAAAUUGGAUCGUCAGUGAUUCACAUGUCAUUCUUCAUAUCAUGCACAGCGUCUGUUCUCAGCCUAUCAGUGUUGACGUUAGAUCGGUACAUAGCUAUCACGUCACCAUUCAAGUACAAGACCAAAUUGAAUCCGGGACAUGCCGCAAUAUUGUGCGCGAUCGUUUGGACAAUAUCCAUUGUGUUUCCAUUCCUAUACUUCCAUAUCGGCUACAUCCAGUAUGCUUUUGUAUUUGUCAACACUGCAGUACUGAUUACAUUCAUUGUUCUGUUAUUUGCCUAUAUAAGAAUUUACAAAAUAUUCCGCAAACAAGUUCGGGAGUGGGACGUACUCCAUUCUGGAACUUCGGAAAACCGGAGGAAGAAGCAAGCUAUCCGAUACGAGCAAAAGCUCACGAAAACCUUCCUUAUUAUGCUAGCCAUAUUCGUUUGGUGUUAUUUUACUGCUAGUGGCUUCAUCUACCUUAUCAACCUUUGCGAAGCUUGCAGCUGCCACGUCAUCCACUGGUCACGUGACCUUCAAUUCCUGUUUAUCCUGUUAAGUUCUGGUUUAAACCCGUUUUUGUACUCCUGGCGGUUGAGGUCGUACAGAAGAGCCUUCGCGUGCUUAGUUUGCAUGGGAAGAAAAAGGGAGUUGGCGAGAAAGGCCUCGUUCGAGCUCAGGAGCUUCAGGCGUUCUACUAGAGGUUCAAGUUUGAAAAAGGCGAACAGCACCAACUGUAAUGCUAAUUUGUAAAUUUGAUGGACCUACAACAGAAUGCAGAAAGCGUAACUAGGAUUGGCCGAGUGGGGUGCACUUGGAAAAGGGUAGUGGUUUGGCGCCAAGGGGAGAGGGGGAGGAUGCGCGCGCCUCUUGUGCGCCCCCUGUCUAAGCGCUUUAGACUCGGUAUUCAAAUACAGGAAUUAAAUACAGUGGAACCUGGAUUUUAGAUCUUGUAAAUUACAAAUUACAGUCUUAUAGAGAGUAACUGUAUAGUCUUUCACAGAGUACAGUUAAAACAUUAAUAUUUUGUAGAAGUUGAUAAUUAACUCGGCCUCGCUACAACAAUAUUUUCAAUGGAUUUUUCUUUAUAUCGUAAAAUACCUCGAUUUUACAUACAUUUUCUUUCCAAAAGGCAUAUCAUCAAAUCAAGGUUCUACUGUAUGUGGGAAGACUAGCCACCGCCUAUUGGCCUUCAAACUAAACCUGCGUCGUUUGGCGCCGAGGGGGGGUGGGAGGGGGUGCUCGCACAUCCUGUCCCCCCCCCCCCCCCCCCUCCAUCCUGCGUACAAGCCUUAGACUUUGAGCACCGGGAGUAAAAUAUUGAAGAUGACAUAUCGCCUAUUAUCCUUAAUUUGUAGUGUGUUACGGUAGCUCGGGAUGAGUAGAGGGUGGGGGUAUACCGUGACUUCGAAUCGCUCUUUUCUUCUGUUCGCCAACAAUAAUUGUUGCUGUUGCAGUGUUUUUGUACGUUUUUGUGUCUACGUACUAUUCACGCGUCUUCAUUAUCAUAAUCGAUUGAUUGAAAAUGUCUGUAUUUCAACCGCAACAUCUUUUAUUCGCAUGCAAUUAGCACAUGAGAAAAGGAUGUGCUAACUAGCGUAAGCCUUUCUAUUUUCUAGUUUAUUAAUGAGAUGAAUAAAAUUAGUGAAACUGAA